AUAGUGACAGCGAUUUAUCAGGUUAGCCAUUGACCAGAGUUAUCUAUCAGAGCUAAAAAUAUAAACAAUUUGUAAACAUUAAGGGAAAUAAUCCACACAAACCCAUGAACGAUAACUCUUAAACAGUGUUAAGAAUUGCUACUAAAUUGUGCUGUACUUGUUUUUUGAGGAUUUGAUCAGUCGCAAGCCAGGGUCUACUCUACAGUCGUGUACAAAACAUCCUCUUCCAUAAACACACCUGCUGACGUAGAAAAUGAGGAACAUGUUCCUCAGACCCAGGCAGUUUCGGUUCCUCUAUCGUCACGCGCUCCGCGUCCUGAAGAUGGCGCUGGUGUUCGGGGCGUGUCUACUGGUUGCCGCCUUCAUCCCACCAAUCAGAAACGUUGUCGGUUACUUUGUGCUACCAGGGGCGUGGCGUCAGCUAAGCUCAGUGCGGAUCAUCCAGCUGUACUUCGUGGACCCCCAGUACCCAGUCGAGUCCACUCAGGUCACGUGCGACUCGGUCAAGGGCAUAAUUUCUGGAGUAGACUGGGCCAAGAUGGUGUCGCAAGUCUCACGUCUGCAGGUGUAUGACGAGGAAUACUUCAGGGACAUCGAGGACAACCUGGACGUGUACGGGACGUCACAGCAGGACCUCACGUACUUAAACAGCAGGUAUUUCAAGUUUAAACCCACCAUGACGGGAAGGUGGCAAAAAGAAAUGAAGCUGACGUUUCUGGUAUUCGUCCGCGCGAUGGAACUAUUUAAUCUGACCUACUUCCUGUCUGAAGGCAGCAUGCUGGGAGCCUAUCGUCAUCAUGGUUUCAUACCAUGGGACGACGACAUGGAUAUUUGUAUGAACGGUUCUGAUUGGCUUAAAGUUAAGCAGGUUCUCCACUGUAUACCCGGCUUUGACGUCCACACAGAGAACAACAUGAUGUUCAAAUUUUUCUGGAACCAGUCCCCACUCUGGAAGGGCGAGACGUUCAUCCGCUUCCCCUUCAUCGACAUCUUCUUCUUCAACGAAGACGCCGACUACAUCUGGGCCAUGACCCAGUUCAAGAAAAACCGUAUCGUCUUCAGAAAAUCGGACGUCUUCCCCCUGUCGUACCGACCCUACGAGGGGCUGGUCGUUCCCGUCCCUGGCGCCGUGGAGAAAAUCUGCAAGACCGUCUACGACCCUAAGGUCUGCGUCAGUCGGGAUUUCGAUCACUUGAACAGACAUUUCCUACCCUUUUAUCAAGUGGAGUAUGUGACUUGUACGGCGUUUGAUCGGAUUUACCCGUUCGUUGUACGUCACGAUGUUAUCGUAAAUGGGAGGAGUGUAACAGUGGAAUAUAGAAAACUUGGAAGAAAAAUGCUAAGUAACUUCACUGUAUUUCAUUGAUAACGUGUGUAGAUUAUUUUUUGCUACUUCUCAAGAAAUUCCACCUAAGAAAUAGUUUGCUUGAAUAACAAAUUUGGGAUGUUUAAAAAAGAAGAAUCCAAAUAAGAUAUCUCAGUUUCCAUGCAUGGUUUCAAUAAACUCCACCCACUUGCGGAGAUUAUAAUUGUU